AUGCUGCGCCGGACGCUGCCUUCGCUGGGCGCUUAUAGCUGGAAGGAGCUGCCUUAUGUUACCGAGUGUCCACAUGUGCUACAAGUUUUAGACAUUGCCAUCCCACGGAGGAUUCCACCACGUGCCAAGUUGCCGACUUGUGUGUUUGUACACGGCGGGUCAUGGCAACGUGGAGACAAGAGCGGAGGGCUAAAUCAAGACAUUGACGAGGCUUUUGUACACGCGGGCUGCCUGGGCGUCUCGGUAAAUUAUCGAUUAUCGCCAGAAGUGCAGCAUCCUGAACAUGCCAAGGACGUGGCUGCUGCAGUGACGUGGUUACACCAGAACAUUGCCAAGUUUGGUGGUGAUCCGAACAAGUUGGUGCUAGUAGGUCACAGUGCUGGUGCACAUUUGAUCAUGCAGAUCUUGGCCGAUCCGCAAUACCUGAGAGCAGCAGGGAUGGAGCAACCAGUUGACACCUUUGUCAAGGGAGCUGUGGGUAUCUCGGGCGUGUAUAACAUCGUACGUCUUGCCAACACGUCGUUCUACGGAACUCUCGUAACGAAUCCUCCGUUUGGUGAACGCGUCGAGCAGUGGAGAGAGGCUUCGAUAGGAAUGACAGCCACCAGAGUCGGGGCUACCUCACCACUCACCAAGCUGCCUCUACUGCUCAUAAAUGCUCAAGAAGAUUUCCACUUUCAGGAAGACGCACAGGAGCUCGAACGGUGGCUAACUGCUGCGGGAAAUACCUCAAUCCAGCGCCACAGCAUUCCCAAUUGCAAUCACUUUACUAUCGUCGAGCAUCUAGCUAACAAUGAUCCUGAUUCCAACCCGACAAUGCAGCUGAUCAAGGCAUUUGUAGCAGAAGUUGCAGACCCCGGUGAAAUCGCUCCUCUCCUCUAA